AUUUGAAAUUGGAAUAAAAUCUACCAUUGAUUGAUUUCUUCAAUGAAAUUCAAACAAAUUCUUCAAAAUUUAUCAUUGCACACCUAUUUUAGCGACAACCAUUUUGACAUUACAAUGAAUAAACAUGUGGAAACAGUGUAUUGACAUUGAAUCGUCCUUGUCGACGAAUGCAUCCAUCUAUCUAUGGACAAACCACUGCCAAUAUUGCCUUAUUUAUUGGUUGCCAGAUCUUUACAACUCUCUACAUGCAUAAUUAUUUUGGCGUGUCAGUCUGUAGAUUCUUUUUAAUCCAUAUAGAUGGCGUCAUAUGCAUGCUUUUGGUCCAAAUUUGUAUUCGUCUCAAUUUGUUGUAUUGUGUUGUAUAUUUAUCAUACAAAAUUGAGUGUAAAAGGAAAGAGUAUAACAUUUGAAACCGAAAAAAAGGAAAAAUUGCCGACCAAAUAAAAAAACUGCUCACAUUGCAUUGGUGUUGUUUGAGAGCGAUGAUAGUAGUAGUAGCAUUGGCGCCAAUGGAUUUUGAAAUCGACCAUGUUGUUUUUGUUUACCUUUUCAUUAUACGUCUAGCAAUAAUAAUUUAAGGCCCCUUUUAAUGAAUGAGAGAAGUAGCAUUCGAUUCUACUGCUUGACAAGUAAUUUAAGUUGAGGAAUAUGAUGAUGUCGUUGUAUCUGAAAAAAUCUGUCCGCGACUGUGUCUUAACAUAGCAGAUAUAUAUCUACUAGUCUACUAGUAUAUAUGUAUUAUGCUUUAUUUAUCAUUAUGAAUAACUGAAUGUGUGGUGGUGUUUGUGAAAUUUCGUCGUCUGGUCUCUUUGAUCUGUUCUCGAUGUGAUCUAGUGUUUUUUAUUUUUAAUAUUCAAUGUUUAGAUAUCUGAUACAAGUAUUUUGGUGUAUUCUUAUUGUUGUGUUCCAAUAAAAAUAAUACCUGAACAUUUUUUCUAUUUUUCUAUUAAUUCACCAAUAUUUUGGUUACGAGAUUGAUUUGUUUGUGUUAAAUCGAUCAUUUCAUUUUAAUGCGAACCAGUGUGUCGAUUUGAUUAGACAAUAUCGUUUUUUUCAUGUCCAAAAUAUUGUGGUAAAGUUGAUCAGCUAAGAUUUAAUUUCAUUAUCAACCGCCACACACAAAAUCUGAAUGGAUGGAUGUUGACCAAUUGUUAAUGAAGGAAACGAAUCAAAGCACCAUUAAUAGUGACGGUAACAAAGACAUUAGCAGUAAACAGCAACAUGCACGUGGUGCAAAUCAUAAUGAAAGCAUGAGUGAUCACCGUACAGCUGAUUCAUCCGAACAUGAUGACAACGACAACGAUGAUGAUGAUGAUGAUGAUAGUGAUGAAUCAGGUUCCGAAUCAUCUAGCCAUUCAUCAUCAGGUUCAUCUUCCACAUCAUCAUCAUCAUCUGGAUCAUCGGAAGAUUCUUCCUCCCACGAUUCAAACGAUGAUGAAGAUCAAUCGGAUAGUGAUAAUAAAUCAUCUAUAAAGCAACAAAAAAUAAAUAACAGUACGAUAAACGUUUCGAACGUCACUGCAAAAUUUACUACUGAUGAAAAUCGCCUUACAGAUGAUAAAUCAAAUAAUCAUGAAACUAUUAAUGAAACUACAGCGCCACUGGUGGUGGGGACACAAUCACAAUCGGUAAAUUCUGGUUGCAAUAAAGAGGAUAUACAACAGAUUUUGGAAAAUUUCCCUGAUGCAUUACGAAGAUCAUCACGAUCUCGUAAAGAACCAGAUCGAUUUCAAGCAGAAACAUAUGGUGAUGAUUCGGAUAAUAGUGAUUCAAAAGCAAAACAAAAACGAAGAAGAAAACGAAAAGACUCUGAUGAUUGGAAAGAUCGUAAUCGUGGUGGCGAUUUUGAUGAUGAUGAUGAUGAUGACGACGACGAUGAUGAUGAUGAGGAUACUGAAUCGGAUGAUUCGGAUUCCGAUCCAGAACAUCGAUCAUCAAAACGAUCAAAAAAUCUACGAAGAAAUCGACAACGUCCACAUUCGAAUCGUCGUGCUAGCCAACGGGCAACGGUAGCCACCAAAAAGUCCUUUUCCGAAUCCGAAAGUGAUGGCAGUGAUGAUGAUGAUGAUGAUGAUCAUGAAUCAAAUAAUCGAAACCGUCGAAAUAGUUGUGCGGGCAGUAGUAACCGGAAAAAAACAUCCAGACGUACUACAGUAAAUCAGACGAUAAGUUAUAAAGAAGAAUCGGAUUAUACAGAUUCCGAUGACUUGAUUGCCGAUACUAAUACAAAUGAUGAUGGCCAGAAUGGCACUUCACAAGUGAUUGAGUUCGAAGAAGAAGAAGGUGAAAUGAUUGAAAAGGUGCUUGAACAUCGAAUGGGACGUGUGGGAGCCACUGGACCAAAAACUGCUUCUUAUCAGAUCGAUGAAAAUGGUGAUCCGAAUGGUGAUUGUAUUGCGGAUUCAGAUGAACCAAAAGAAAUGCAAUUUCUAAUCAAAUGGAAAGGCUGGUCAUACAUUCAUUGUACUUGGGAAUCCCGGCAAUCGUUAGAAGAACAAAAAGCUCGUGGUGUUAAAAAAAUUGAGCUUUACCUGAAACGUGAUGAAGAAAUCAGAAUAUGGAAAAAGACGGCAUCCCCUGAAGACAUUGAUUACUAUGAAGGUCAAGAGGAGCUUAAUUCUCAGCUUCGGCAACUACAUUUGACUGUCGAACGAAUCAUUGCCCAUCAGCCACCUAAAAUUGGUGUUUCUGAAACUUGUCACCCUGAAUACCUAUGUAAAUGGGAAGGGUUGCCAUAUGGCGAAUGUACCUGGGAAGAUGGGUCCUUAAUAUCGAAGAAAUUUCAGCCCAAAGUCAAUGAAUAUUAUCAACGCGAAAAAUCGCAAAACAUUCCGGCCAAAUAUUGUCGAGUUUUGAAACAACGACCAAAAUUUGUACCGAUGAAAUUACAACCAUCUUAUAUUGGUGGUCGUGAUCAGCUUAAACUUCGUGAUUAUCAAUUGGACGGGCUGAAUUGGCUAGCACAAUCUUGGUGUCGUGAUAAUUCGGUAAUUUUAGCAGAUGAAAUGGGCCUUGGUAAAACUAUUCAAACCAUAUCGUUUCUCAAUUGCCUGUAUCAUCAACAUCAAUUGUUUGGGCCAUUCCUUUUGGUUGUUCCUUUAUCAACGUUGGCUGCAUGGCAAAAAGAAUUUGAUAUUUGGUCACCAUCGAUGAAUGUAGUCGUUUAUAUUGGCGAUGCUACCAGCCGCCAUAUGAUACGUGAAUAUGAAUGGUAUGCUCAAGCCGGUUCACAACGUAUAAAAUUCAAUGUUUUGCUAACUACGUAUGAGAUUUUGAUGCGUGAAAAAUCACUACUCUCAUUGGUUCCAUGGGCCGUAAUUGGCGUUGAUGAAGCACAUCGACUAAAGAAUGAUGAAUCUCUUCUCUACAAAUGUUUAUCGACCUUCGAUACGAAUUUUCGACUGCUGAUCACCGGUACGCCUUUACAGAAUUCACUUCGUGAAUUAUGGGCAUUAUUACAUUUUAUCAUGCCCAAUCGAUUUGAUUCAUGGGAAUUUUUCGAAUCCGAACAUAAAGAUGCUUAUCAAAAAGGUUUUAGUAAAUUACAUUCACAAUUACAACAAUAUCUGCUGCGACGUGUGAAAAAAGAUGUGGAAAAAUCAUUGCCUGCCAAAGUGGAACAAAUUCUUCGUGUAGAUAUGACUUCUAUACAGAAACAAUUUUAUAAAUGGAUAUUGACCAAAAACUAUAAGGCCCUAACUAAAGGUGUGAAAGGAUCGAUUGCAAGCUUUACUAACAUUGUGAUGGAAUUGAAAAAAUGCUGUAAUCAUGCAAGCUUGGUACGGCCAUUUGAUGAAUACGCUAAUCUGGAUCCACUGCAGCAACUAAUACGUGGAAGUGGUAAAUUAUUGCUUUUGGAUAAAUUACUCUGUCGUUUAAAAGAGACCGGACAUAGGGUGUUGAUCUUUUCGCAAAUGGUACGAAUGCUAGAUCUUUUGGGUGAAUAUUUAUCACUUAGACGUUUUGCCUAUCAACGAUUGGACGGUUCGAUUCGUGGUGAAUUCCGUAAACAAGCACUGGAACAUUUCAAUGCUGAAGGUUCACAAGAUUUUUGCUUUCUUCUAUCAACUCGUGCCGGUGGUCUUGGAAUCAAUUUGGCUACUGCCGAUACUGUGAUAAUUUUCGAUUCAGAUUGGAAUCCACAGAAUGAUCUUCAGGCACAAGCUCGUGCACAUCGAAUCGGUCAGAAAAAUCAGGUAAACAUAUACAGGCUGGUCACAAAAGGUUCAGUGGAAGAAGAUAUUAUAGAACGUGCUAAACGUAAAAUGGUUCUCGAUCAUCUAGUCAUCCAACGAAUGGACACAUCCGGUCAUACAGUUAUGGCUUCAUCCAAUAGUCGUGCUACUUCGCUUCAAGAUACGAACAAUUCUUCAAAGACAACACCGUUCAACAAAGAGGAGUUGAGCGCCAUUCUUAAAUUCGGUGCUCAAGAGCUAUUUAAAGAAACGGAAAAUGAUAAUGAAGAACCUCAAUGUGAUAUUGAUGAAAUCUUGAAACGUGCUGAAACUCGUGAAGAUGAUGAUGGUCCACAAACGCUUGGUGAUGAAUUGUUGAAUUCAUUUAAAGUCGCAUCAUUCAAUUUCAAUGAAGAAGAAGACGUCCAAGCGGUUUCAUCGGGCAUUAAUUCUGGUGAACGGAAUGAAAAAGAAUGGGAUGAAAUUAUUCCAGAAUCUGAACGUAUUAAAUUUGAAAAUGAUGAACGCCAUAAAGAAGAGAUGGAAAUGAUGAUACCACGUUGUCGUAAUAAAUCAAAAAUGGAUCGUGGUAAUGGAAAUCAAUCAGAUUCGGGUGAUGAAUACGAUCCAAAUGCUAAGAAUGAAUCUGGUUCAGAAGAAUCCGAUGGUGAUCGACCGCGACGACGUGGACGACCAAAAUCAUCUUAUAAAGAAUUGAUUAAAGGUUUUAGUGAACAAGAAGUACGAAAAUUUAUAAAAAGUUAUCGAAAAUUUCCCACACCGAUGAAUCGGCUGGAAUCGAUUGCAAUCGAUGCUGAAUUACAGGAGAAACCUCUUCCAGAUCUGCAGCGAUUAGCCGUACAACUUGAAGAAAGUUGUAGGAUAGCAAUCAAAGAAUCAGAAUCAAAAGAUCAGUCAAAUGAAUCUGCUAAAAAGAACAAUCGUGGACCUAGCUUUAAGCUUGGAGGUGUAACAGUGUUUGCUAAAGGCAUUUUAGCCACACAAAAAGAUCUGGAACCAUUGGCCGUGAUGUUGCCGACGAAUCCGGAAGAAAGGAAAAAGUGGGUGUUGACCGGAAUCAAAAUCAAAUCGGCAAGUUGGGAUUGUCCAUGGACAAUUGAAGAUGAUUCACGUUUGUUGGCUGGUGUUUAUGAAUAUGGUCUUGGUAGUUGGGAAGCUAUCAAAAUGGAUCCCAGCUAUAAAUUAGCAGAUAAGAUGCUACCUGAUGGAGAAUUGAAACCUCAGCCUAAACAGCUACAAUCUCGUGUUGAAUUUUUAUUGAAAGUAAUGCAUCGUCAUCUUGCAUCACAACAAAAAGUGAACAAUUCCGAAUCGUCUCAAAUGAAUCAUGUUAUUGUUUCGAAAAAUAAAAACACUAAAAACAUUAAGAAAAAAGAGAAUAGUGGUGGUAAAUUGGCUUCGCCUUCACCAACACAAUCAUCAUCCAUGAAAAAGAAUUCGUCGACGGGAAAAAUUAAACGUAAAUCAUCAACUGUGGCCGCCAAUGGUGCAGUUGAUAAUAAUAAUAAGAAACAUAAAGAAAAGAAAAAACGCAAAGAUAAGAAACGUAAAAAGGAAAAAAUAAAACCAUCAUCUUCAUCGACUACAACAACAUCGAAAAAGCAAAACUCAUCCGAUUCGACCACGAAUAAUAAUAAUAGUAGUUCGAGUAAUUCGAUCCAUUCAGUCGAUGAACUUGAUGCCGAAGUGUUUAUCGAAUGUAAGGAAAAAAUGCGAGCCACGAAAAAAGCUUUGAAAGCAUUAGGCAAAGUAGAAGAGCUAUCCAAUUCGGAACAUCGUGAACGAUUCUAUGAAUAUGUUUCAUUGAUUGGUGCACAUAUUGACAAAUGUCUACAGGAUUAUCAACAAGAUUCAACCAAAAUGCGUGAAUGGCGUAAUAAUUUAUGGACAUUUGUUUCGAAAUUUACUGUAUUGCCGGCGAAAAAGUUGUAUAAAUAUUAUAGAAAAUUAAAACAAUCCAAACAACAAGUGACAUCAUCUUCGAGCCAUCAUCAUGAUCGCCAUAAUCGUCAUCAUCAAUCAUCAUCAAAAUUAUCAAUGGAUAAAGGAUUGUCGAUGAAUCAAACUGGAUCAUCGACAACAACAAAUCGUGUGAACGAAUCGAAUCAUUAUUAUCAUUCAUCAAAUGAUAGAUAUGAUAAUCGUAACCCAAUGAAUCGAGGAGGUGUUGAUUAUCGAAAUUUUUCAAAUCAUCAAUAUUCUCGUACUAGUGGUGGGCAACCACCAUCAUCUCUUACGUCAUCAUCAACAUCAUCCAGUCUGAAACGUGAUUAUCAUGGAUCAUCAUCAAAUUCAAAUAGCGGACCUAUUGGUGGUGGUCCGGCAGUCAAAUUUAGUAAACAUUCAUAUCAUGAUCGUCGUAAUGAUUAUGAUAGAAAUUCUAGUGGUGGCCAUCAUCAUAUCGGUACUUCAUGGUCAUCAAAACAUGAUGGUUAUAGAAACAAUAGUGGUGGCGGUGGUGGUGGUGUCUACAAUGAUUCGAAUCGUUAUUAUCAUCAUUCAUCAUCGCCUAAUAAAAAUAAUACAUCAACAUAUAAUCGUUCUAAUGAUCAUCAACAACGGCCAUAUGAUCAACGUUCACAACGUCCACUUAAUAUAUUACCAAUGGGCUAUAAUCGUCAUUUACCACCCCCACCAUCAUCACUUGGUAGUGGAACAACAACUAGUGCAUAUCCAUCUAAUGGUGGAACAUCAUUGAAUCAUCAUCAACAACAUCAUCAUUUCCAUAAUUCUGCCGCAACAUCGCCAUCAACUUUACAAUCUUCUUGGAAUUCUGGAUCUACACCUGCUUUAUUGCCAACACCGCCGCCGCCGCCACCAAAUUCAUCGUCGAUACAGCCGCCAAUAUUAUCAUCACCAAAUAGCGUUCAGCGUUAAUCCUUAUUCUUUUCAAAUUCUUCAAUCGCGCAGCAUCGUCUUCGUUUUUUUUUAUUUUGUUACGAUCCCAAUUUUUCCUAUAA